AUGUCCUCCACAGCCUACACUCCCAAACUCUCCACCCAAACCGUCCUCGUCAUCGGCGGCACCAGCGGUAUCGGCCUGGCCAUCGCCGCCGAAGCCCUCGCCCAGUCCGCCGCACACGUCACCAUCGCCGGUUCAACUCAAACCAAGCUAUCCAACGCUCUCUCGCACCUACGCAGCAACAACAAAGACGACAGGAUCAGCGGCUACACCUGCGACCUCUCCAACCCGGCCACCAUAGAAUCGAACCUCCGCGCGCUCCUGGACGCGACCGUCGCCGGCAACGGCACCGGCCGCAUCGACCACGUCGCCUUCACGGCGGGCGACGCGCUGGGGCUGAAGCCCCUCGCCGAGCUCACCAUCGAGAGCGUGCAGGCGGCCGGCACGGUGCGCUUCAUGGGCGUGCUGAUGCUGGCCAAGCUGCUGCCGGCGUACGCCGCGCCGGGCCCCACCUCGUCGCUGACGCUGACGGGCGGCGUCAACACGAACCGGCCGUCGCCGGGCUGGACGGUGCCGGCGGCGUACGGCGCGGCGACGCAGGGCGUGAUGCGCGGGCUGGCCGUCGACCUGAAGCCGCUGCGGGUGAACAUGGUCGAACCGGGCGCGGUCGAGACGCCGUUGUGGGACAGCGUGCCGGGCGCCAGCAGGGAGCCGAUGAAGGAGCGCUUUGCUGCCAGAUCGACGGUGGGGAGGGUCGGUAGGCCCGAGGACACGGCUGAGGCGUACGUGUACUUGAUGAAGGACUACUUCGCCGUGGGGACGAUUGUUGAGUCGAACGGAGGAACGUUGCUGGUGUAG